UGCUCAUCUCGGUCCCGGCACUAAUAAACAGUAGCAGUUACUCAGUUUGGUUUACUGAUACAGAGGCAGGAGAUUAUCCUGUGUGGAGCGCACCAAAGCCCUCAUGAAGAUUAAUUUCAGCUGUUGAAUUUGGGGGGCAGCACUGAGGCCAACGCUCACCUGUUCAGCAGGCUUACGUGAUGAAAGAUGAGAUCCUUAUGUACUGUUGUGACUAUGUCCCCUCUCAGAUGGAUCCUUGUACUGGUAAUCUUUGUGCAGCAGCUCAAUGCAGGGCGGAUUGAGGGUCCAUGCCAGGGAAGAGACUGCUCUGUAUGUCAGUGUCUUCCUGUCAAAGGUGCACGGGGAGCUCCAGGAAAGCGAGGGCAGCAAGGCCCCACGGGACCAAUGGGACGAAGGGGACAUGAGGGGCCACCUGGAGACAAGGGCAGGAGGGGAGCAGAGGGAUCGCAUGGCCCAGAGGGGCCCAUAGGAGAACGUGGCAACACUGGUGUUCUUGGUUUUCCUGGUAAUAUUGGCUCAUCAGGUUACCCUGGAGCAGGCGGCGAGCCUGGUUUGCCAGGAUUGGAUGGCUGUAAUGGGACAAGGGGUCAACCAGGGAUCCCUGGUGUUCCUGGUUUCAGUGGUCUCCGUGGGCCGCAGGGAUUACUUGGACCUAAAGGAACUAAAGGAGAGCCUUUGCAAGACGCCUUUCCGGGACUUCCUGGGGAGCGUGGGAGAGAUGGAAAACAUGGUUUACCUGGAAGGAAAGGAGACAUUGGACAUCAAGGCUACAUUGGCCCUCCUGGUCUUAAUGGACCUGAGGGCUUGGCAGGACCUAAAGGUGUCAGAGGACUACCAGGAAACCCUGGAGGAUCACUGGCAGGGGAUAACGGUGACGAUGGUGAGCAAGGCCCACCUGGCCCCCCAGGAGUAGAAGAAGUCAUAGAAUUUCCUCCAGAUUUUCUUCCACCCAAAGGUUACAAGGGAGACAGGGGUCUUCCUGGACCAUGUGGACCAAAGGGCAAAAGGAGUGAUGUAGGAGACUACAACAUAGAAGAAAUUAAAGGGGAGCAAGGAAUCCUUGGAUUUCCUGGAAAUCGGGGUCUUUUAGGAACUCGUGGUAGAGCUGGAGCAACAGGACCUCAGGGUCUGCAUGGAGAGAGGGGACUACCAGGCCUCAUUGGAAGAAUCGGUCCAAAGGGCUACCAAGGAGAUCCAGGUCUCCCUGGUCCCACAUACUUUCAUAAUGGAAGUGAUGCCAGAGGUGAUAAAGGUGAAUAUGGGUAUCCAGGAGCGUCUGGACUCCCAGGAGACCCCGGGGAGAUGGGCAUGCAUGGACCUCCUGGCCCAUCAGGGUUAACAAUACCAGUUGUGCCAGGUCUGCCUGGUCCAACAGGGCCCCGAGGUCCAAAGGGCUACAAGGGCGAACCAGGGAGGUAUGAAGAAAUCAAUCCAUUCCCAGGACCAAAGGGAAUUAAAGGGCUCCCCGGACCUAAAGGUGUCACAGGCCGCCCUGGUCCUCCAGGAUGUGGAGAUUAUUACUGUGAGCCUGGUUACCCUGGCGAAGAUGGUGACCCAGGAUCCCAAGGACCUCCUGGACACAAAGGGCUCAGAGGAAUUAAAGGUUGUGAAGGUGGAUGUGAAUGUACAUCUGGUGGGGGAAGAAUAGGGCCCCCUGGUCCACUUGGUUUUCCAGGACCUCCAGGGUUACCUGGAGCUCAAGGACUCAGGGGGGACCCUGGACUUCAAGGAGAUGAUGGACCAAGAGGACCACAAGGCUUUCCAGGACUUGCUGGUGUAAAUGGACAGAAGGGUCAGAAAGGUGACUCUUUAGUGUUAGGUGGUAAAGGUGCCAAGGGUGACCAAGGACUGUCUGGUCAACAGGGCCCUCCUGGAGCAACAGGUAGGCCAGGACUGGAUGGUCACCCUGGCCAUUCAGGAGAUCCUGGACCACCAGGUGCUGAAUAUGCAGGAUUACCUGGUCCCAAAGGUGACCCUGGGGUUGUUGGACCCAAAGGUUUUCCAGGGACCAUAGGCCCCCCAGGUCUUGGUAGUCCAGGCCCCAUAGGGCCACCUGGACCUAAAGGAAAUCCGGGACAUACUGGCCCCCCAGGAUUUCCUGGACGACCAGGCCCUCCAGGUGAAAUUGAGGAAUGUUGUCAUGAAAUUGAGAUUGGGUCACCUGGUCCUAAGGGUGAGCGAGGCUUCCCAGGGAUUCCAGGUGAGCCAGGGAGAGAAGGUUUUCCCGGAGGUCCGGGACACCAAGGCGUUAAAGGCAUGAAAGGAGAUGAUGGUGAUUAUGUAAGCACUGGACCGCCAGGAUCUCCAGGUUUAAAUGGGGAUCCAGGUGACCAUGGUCCUGUUGGGGAUAGCCUGGAUGGCCCUCCAGGCUCUCCUGGGUUACCAGGACUACCAGGCAGGAAGGGUGCCCCAGGAAAUGCCCUCUUUGCCAGUCAAGGUGCUAUUGGCCCACCUGGCCACAUUGGGGCAGUGGGUGCAAAUGGACCUCGUGGCUUUCCUGGAAACCCAGGGUCUCCAGGCAUACAAGGCCAACCUGGACAACCAGGCCGUAAAGGAGAGCCAGGAUUCAAUGGUGACCCUGGUGCCACUGGUUUCCCAGGCCCACCUUGUACUGUUUGUGACCUACAUGGAGUUCCAGGCCCUCCAGGACUUCGAGGAAACCCAGGACUGAUGGGGGUACCAGGCUACCAUGGUCAGAAGGGUUUAAAGGGACAUAUAGGUCUACCUGGUCAUGGACAGAAGGGUCCUCAAGGUUUCUCUGGCCUUCCCGGUGUACCAGGCCCACCUGGACCAAAAGGCAUCACUGGCUCUCCAGGAGAUCCUGGGCUUGAUGGUUGGCCAGGACCAAAAGGUGAAACGGGCUACCCUGGCAGGGCUGGAGCAAGAGGUAUAUCAGGUCGUCCUGGACCCCCAGGACCCAGAGGUAAACAGGGAGAGAGAGGCUUUAAUGGUCAACAAGGUGACACAGGAGACCCAGGACUGCCUGGUAAUAAAGGUUCACCUGGUCUCCCAGGACUACCAGGCCCAACAUGGGGUGUGAAUUUGAUAAAAGGCUCAGCGGGACUUUCAGGAAGAAAGGGACAAAAAGGCCAACAAGGACUUGCAGGCUUAAAGGGCAUAAGGGGAAUACCCGGUGACCCAGGGCCUGAUGGACAGCUUGGUCCGGAAGGGUGUAAGGGCAGCACUGGUGCUCCAGGCAGGUCAGGAAUACCAGGUCCUCCUGGACACCCUGGAAUCAAAGGUUUCCCUGGUCCAAGGGGAAAUCCUGGGCAUGGUGGAGAUCCGGGAGAUCCAGGGCCUGCAGGACUUUGGGGGAUACCUGGGCUACCAGGAUUUCCAGGUGCCAAGGGUGAGCCAGGACAGUCUUAUGGACAACCUGGUCCACCUGGACCCAAAGGAUUUCCAGGGGAAAAUGGACUCAGUGCACCCAGAGGGAGUCCAGGAGAUCCAGGUGACCCAGGACUCAGGGGAAGGCCAGGAAAGCCUGGACAACCAGGCCCUCCGGGGGAACCAGGAAGACAAGGAGGACUAGGCUUACCCGGGCCUCAUGGCCCACGAGGCCUUCCAGGUUUUCAAGGGAUUCCAGGUGAUCAUGGAGGUCUGGGACCACGUGGUCCACCUGGCCCAUAUGGACCUCAAGGGCCCCGUGGACCACCAGGUCUGGAUGGAUUAUAUGGGCUAAGAGGGCCAAAAGGGAUGAAAGGAGGAUGUGGCAAAGCUAUUCAUGGCCCUCCGGGACCAGAUGGUUUUCCUGGGCCCAAAGGCCUGAGGGGCCGCCCAGGGCCUCCAGGAGACAUUUUUCCUGGGCCCAAAGGCCCGAGGGGCCUUCCUGGUGACAAAGGUCUUCCAGGUUUACCAGGGGAACCUGGUUACCCUGGCAAAGACUGCACAUCUUCACCAGGACCCUGUGGAGAUAUAGGAUAUGAAGGACCUCCAGGACUCCCAGGUCCUCCUGGGAAACGGGGCCCUCCAGGCAGCAUCAUUUUGUCCAUAGGAGACCCAGGACCAAAAGGCUUCCCUGGGUUACCUGGCCGUAAGGGAGAUAGGGGCUUCCCAGGACCUCCUGGACCUCAAUACGAACGAGAACGAGGCUUUGACGGUCCAAAAGGUGAGAAAGGUCACAGUGGUACCAGGGGUGCUCCAGGACCCAAAGGUCAGCAAGGUCUACCUGGGCCCUGGGGUCUCAAGGGACAAACUGGCCCAGCUGGAGAAAUAGGUGUCAAAGGUGCUCCCGGUGAUUCCAUCAGUCUAUGUGGAGAGAAGGCUCCUUCUGGCCUUUUAGGACCACGUGGUUCCCCAGGAUCUAAGGGAUUCCCUGGCGAUUUGGGUCCUCCUGGAACUCCAGGACAUAAAGGAGAGAAGGGUUCUAUAGGGUCUGUGGGCUUCCCUGGUCUACCAGGUCCUGCUGGUCCUAAUGGUCCUGUCGGAGACCCAGGAGAAGGAGGUCAGCGAGGAUUUACUGGACUUCAAGGUAUCCCAGGUGCACCGGGUGAUCCAGGUGGGCCAGGCUCUAGGGGGGCACUGAGAUCAGGCUUCCUUUUGGUUAUUCACAGCCAGUCAGUUAAGGUGCCGCUGUGCCCUGCAGGCAGCAGUCAGCUUUGGGCGGGCUACAGUCUGGCAUACCUGGAGGGUCAAGAGAAGGCUCACACACAGGACCUGGGCCAGGCUGGCUCCUGCCUCCGCGUUUUCUCCACCAUGCCUUUCUCCUACUGCAACAAAGCUGCCUGUCACUACUCCAGUCGCAACGACAAAUCCUAUUGGCUCUCCACCACUGCUCCCAUACCCAUGAUGCCCCUGUUCGGCCAGCACAUCAGCCAGCACAUCAGCCGCUGCGUUGUUUGUGAGACGGUUUCUCCUGCAGUGGCUUUUCACAGCCAGGAUCAGACGGUUCCUGCAUGCCCACCUGGCUGGAGGAGUCUGUGGACGGGUUACUCUUUCAUCCUGCACACAGGGGCAGGUGAUAAAGGGGGCGGCCAGUCUCUGACCUCUUCUGGAAGCUGCCUUAAGGAUUUCAGAGCUCAUCCCUUCAUAGAGUGCCAGGGCCCACGAGGCUCCUGUCACUACUUCGCCAACCUCUACAGUUUUUGGCUGACUACUGUGAGUCAGACAGAGCAGUUUAACGCCGCGACGCCCGACACCAUCAAAGCAGCCGACCAACAGCGACGCAAGGCCAGUCAGUGCCACGUCUGCCUCAGAGAAAAAUAAAGGUCUUCUCGUCACUUUUAGUAUCAAAACCUGAUUCUGAUCACCACUCAGGACUAUAUUUAGAUUAUAUUUAGUGAGAAAAGAAAUGUGAUAUGACAAUUUAUACCCUGUUACUUUUAUCUGAACGACUUUUUUUUUUUUAUAAACUACUGCUAACUAUUUAAAUGAGGUGCUAUUUCUAAUGAAAAAAAUGUUUUAAUAGUUGAUCAUUUUGCUGCUGUACUCUAAGCUUUUGUAUUCACCCACUUUUUCAGAUUGGUGUUCUUCAUCCUUUAGGAGAAAUAGUAAAAAUAUCCUUCCUUCUUUAUUUAAGUUGUGCACCUCAAUUAAAAUGUUUGUUAAAAAGUUUUGGCAUUCAGAGUCACCCAGACUUCAGUGACUACUGCAGUUGAAAACACUACAACCUACAUGCAAAAAUCCCAAGGUAGGACAAAAUGAAUAAAUUCAACAGGAUACAGUUUUUCCAUA